AAAAUAUGAUAACACCAAUCACACAAAUGAUCUUGAUGAAGUUUCUAUGUUGAAUUGGCAAAUUUGAGUAAAAUUUAAACCUUUUUGUGAUCGAAACGAGUCUACAAUGUUAUUAAGAUGGUUUAGACGUCAUUUGAAACCAGAGAUUUAUGGACCCGGAUAUAAGGGCUUCUUCAAUCAAGCUUGGCGAGAAACCCCUGUCUACUUGUUUUCUGUCAGUAUGACAAUGAUGAGCCUUAUUAUAGUACCGAUUGCUAUGAAAAAAUGGAAAGAAAUGGAAGGUGAAAAAAGACGUUUCAUGCUCCAGUAUACGAUUAUGAGGCCAAGCGAUCCGAAUAAAAACAUGUACUUUUAUAUCGAUGUCACUGACAAGAAUAACAUCAUAGAUCCCGCCAGAAAAACUUACUACGACAUGUAAAUGUAGUAAUAAUUGUGUAUGUAGACGUAUCGUCGGUAAUAUGUUUAAUUGUAAAAUAUUUGUUCGCUGUUAUAAUUUUACAAAAGAGAAAUUCAAUAUAAUUUAAUUUAAAUAAUCA